GAAACGGUUAACAUCGCAACAUCAUUUACGCCCACGCAGCAUCCGCGCGCGCCGACGACAAUUAACUACGGAGGAUAUUGAUAGCUCGACGGACGGCAUUCUCACGACACGACUGCUGUGCGAUCAGCGAGCGCACAUCCUAAGAGCAAGAGCUCCAACUUAUUCAAUUAGCUUGAACACAGGAGAACAUACCAUACGAUGCCUUUGUUCAUUCUUUCGGAGACCAGCGCCGGUUAUGCGCUCUUCAAGGCCAAGGACAAGAAGCUUCUCUCGAAGCCUGAGGACCUGACCUCCGUGGAUGCCACUGUAUCCGCUUUGAAGCUCAAGAAGUUCGAGAAAUUCGACAAUGCUGUUACUGCUUUGAACGAAGCAGCCGCGCUCUCCGAGAGCAAAGUCACCCCUAUGCUCUCCAAGCUCCUCGACAGCAUCAAGGACGAGACCAAGGCCUCUCUCGCCGUUGCCGACCCCAAGUUGGCCAACGCAAUUGCUCAACUCCCGGGUCUUUCCAUCAAGGCCGUUUCCGACAGCUCAACUCAGGAUGUCUACCGUGCCAUCCGUGAACACAUUGGAUCUUUGAUCGACUUGGUGCCUGCCGAGAUUGACAGCACCAGGCUCGGUCUCUCUCACUCGCUUUCUCGUCACAAGCUUAAGUUCUCGGCGGAUAAGGUUGAUACCAUGAUCAUCCAGUCCAUUGCCAGUCUUGACGUUUUGGACAAGCAGCUCAACACAUACGCUAUGCGCGUUCGUGAAUGGUACGGAUGGCAUUGGCCCGAAUUGGCCAAAAUCCUGAACGACAACUUGGCCUACUCUCGCGUCGUCCUCGCCGUUGGAUACCGUAACAAUGCUCGUUCGGCAGAUCUUUCUUCUGUCCUUCCCGAGGAGAUUGAGGAGGCUGUCAAGGCUUCUGCUGAGAUCAGUAUGGGUACCGAGAUCUCUGAGGAGGAUCUUGACGCAAUCAACGCAUUGGCCGAGCAGGUCGUCGAGCUCACCGACCACCGCACCAGCCUCUCCAACUAUCUCACCACCCGCAUGCAGGCCCUCGCACCCAAUCUCACUGCUCUUGUCGGUGAAUUGGUCGGAGCUCGUCUCAUCGCCCACGCUGGUUCUCUCGUCAAUCUUGCUAAGAGCCCCGGUUCUACCAUCCAGAUCCUCGGUGCCGAGAAGGCGCUUUUCCGUGCCCUCAAGACCAAGCACGACACUCCCAAGUACGGUUUGAUCUACCAUGCCAGCUUGAUCGGCCAGGCCACCGGAAAGAACAAGGGAAAGAUUGCCCGUAUGCUUGCUGCCAAGUCCGCUCUUGGACUCCGUAUUGAUGCUUUGAGCACUUGGGGCAUCUCUGCAGAGGACACUGGUAACGAGCCUAGCGAGGAGGAGAAGUCCCAGAUGGGACGUGACGCUAGAGUCGCUAUUGAGAGGCGGUUGAGGGCGCUCGAGGGCAAGCCCCUGAAGAGCUUGGGCAACGCCAACCAGGUCCCCGUCGCACAGAGGUUCGACAUCAAGGAAGCCCGCAAAUACAACCCCGAUGCCGAUGGUUUGACUGGUGAUGAGCCCGCAGCAACCGCCAAGAAGGUCAACGGAACACCCAAGAAGCAGGCCAAGGCUAAGGACAGUGACGACGAUGAGGAGAUGGCUGAUGCCUCCUCCGAUUCCGAAUCCGAGGAUGAGGCUCCCAAGUCUGCCGACAAGGCCGCAAAGAAGGCCGAGAAGGAGGCAAAGAAGGCACGCAAGGCCGAGCGAGCGGCCAAGCGCGAGGCAAAGGCAGCAAAGAAGGCGGCUAAGGAGUCCAAGAAGGACAGCAAGAAGAGGAAAGCCGACGACGAGGAUGUUGAGAAGAGCGAGAAGAAAAAGAAGAAGAAGAGCAAGGACUAGAUGCUGAGACAUUGGUCCAGCUCUCCCCGACUCGAAUCGACUCGACUCGACUCGUGACGCGGCUCGACUGUCGUCACGGUACGACGGCGACGACGGCAACGACGUCCUUGUUCAUCUCCAUCUUUCGUGUCACUAUCAAAAUGGGCGACGGAGUUCUUUAUCUGAACGCACGGGCAUAAGUUAUUUUUGUUUAUUGUCCGUGAAACCUCAUCUUAUGGCGAAAACGGCGUGUGGGACAUUGUCUGUAUCUGUCUUUAGUACGUUUUCUUGGAUGGCUUUGCUUUGCUUGUUUCUUUUCCCCCUCUUUGCAUGACAUGUAUAUUUUAUUCUCUUUCCCGCUGCCGCCGCCGACAACGACGACGACGGAAAGAUGCGCGGGGAAGGGAGGAGGGAGGGGUGGUGGGUGAGUGGGCGUGGGUGAACGAAAUCUAUACCCGCGACUGGAG